GCUCCAGACCUCAGGGAACAUCUGAGACACAACAGGACUCCAGAGGCCUGGCAGAUGUGGAAUCAUCUCUGAAAUGCGCAGCACUCUGUUGGUACUCUAGCAUGUGACUAGAUCUGGUUCACGAUUUGAAACCUGCAGAAGAGGAUUGAGAGUCCCUACCUGGUGGAAUAUGAAGGCGAGCCUUUUGCUGCCGCUGUCCGUUUUAGUGACGGCGCUCGGUCAGGCCCAGAACGCCCGGCCACCGGGUGACGGCUCCGGACGGGGGGCAGGUGAGGUUCCCAUGUCCCAGUUGAGAAUGCUCUCUCUGGGACUGACUCACCUGCUGCAGGGCGUGGAGGAUAACGUGGAGCGGCUGGAGCGGCAGGGAGAGAGGGACUCGGCAGAGCUGAGCGAGGCCACAAGGAGUCUGGACGGCCUUCGGAAGCAGAGUGUGCACACGGGACGGGCUCACAGGCAGGUGAGGAAGGACGUCCAGAUGCUCUCUGCCAGGAAGGACAGGCUGUGGAGGGCGGUCAGAGACCUGCAGAAGGAGUAUGAAGACUUGGAGGCAGCGCAAGAAGCCAUGCAGCGGCGGAUGAGCCGCGUCCUCCGGAGAGUGAAGUGUCUGAAUGAGCUGAGGUCGGGAGGUCGAGCUCCAAGUGAUCUCAGCUCCAUGAAGGUUCUCCUCAACAAACAGGCCCAACGUCUCGCCAGUCUGACCUCAGAGGUGUUAGCUCGAGAGAGAAUGAUUGACAGGCGCCUGCAGCACAUCGAACACCUAGAGAAGCAGCUGGCUUCAGGUGUCUGAGGGCCCCCCAGUGGUGCUGAGGGCAGAUUCUCGGCUCAUCUCCGUGUCCGGGUUAGAGCGCAGCUGCAUCAACACUCAGAUCAAGUCCAUUUCCGAGCUGCAGUGAGGAUGAUUUUGUGUAGCUGACAAAGUGAACGGCUCAUGAAAGAAUGUCUCAAAUUCAGCCAUGUCAAUAAAACUUUGUGCUUAAACAACACCACAAUUUAGAGUACUUACAACUCCACCGCAUGGUAUAUUAAACAACUACACAAAGUAUGGUGAAUACUUAAAGAUCCAACCGGUGGUUACCUAGGUUUCUGAGUUUUGACACCAUUAAGUACAACAUUAGAACUGCUGACAGGAGAAGGAGAGAAGGAAUUCAGUGUUCUGCUGGGAAAUGUUUGGACCAGGCAUCAAUUCAUGUGGAUGUUACUUAGACAUGCACCACCCACCUAGACCAGAUCAGGCACCCCCACCAGCCUCCUGGACUCAGCCCAUAGGACCCAAAGGCCCCCACUAACAACAUCCUGUUACCAGACACCACAGGACACCAUCAGAAGGCCCAUGUCCACUCUCUGAUGAGACACAGUUGUUUUGGAGACAUGCGGUAGGCCUACAGAACGGCAGGUGGACUAAAUCAUACAUAAAGUAGUUAAUACUAAUGGUUUCCUAAAUGGAAAUUAAAAUUCCAAUUAACAAUGUCCCAUUUUGAUUUGAUUGAACGGGAUUCAUUUUAAUCAAUUUAGAGAUAUUUUAAUUUUGCGUAGUUAUUAAUGAGGUUUUCACAAGACCGAAGUUUCAAGUCAAACAUUGUAUGGAACAAUUCAAGUGGUAUUAGUACAUUUCAGCAGUGAAGGGACAGCUGCAACUCUCAAGAGAUAAACAGAUUCAGGUUUGAACCAUGUCAUAGACUGAGUAUUUAGAGUAUUUUCACGCUCUGAUAUUGAUACUUUUAACUAAGUGUAAGCUACUGCAAACAUAUAAAAUAUAUGAUGGAUUGUGUUAGAAACUGUGUGCUCAGUCAGAUUAGCUCAUGUCUGCAGAGUUUUCAGAGUAAGACUUUCCCGGUCUUGAGUCAUCAUGUUGUGGCUUCGACUUCAUCAGUAUUGUGGUUGUUGCUGAUGUUGAAACAGAUUGUGAAGAUAGCUUGCUCACUCACCACCCGAAUAAACAGAAGCACUGUGAAGUCUCUCUCCGCUCUAAUAACAAGCUCGGCUUAGACUCACCGGCUAAAACAACAUAUUCUUAUCGUGUUACAAUGAGGAAUUUAUAUCCCAUCUUACCCCAUUUUAGGCCGAAUAAAAAAAUGCCCUCAAGAGUGAAACAGUAAAACAGGUGCCUGAAAAGAUCCAAAUGUUCAGUCACGUUGGUAUUCUUUUAGGAAGUUCAUAAGACAAUAUUCAUAACCAUUACACAACCUUGAAAAUGUUUAUUCAAAUGUCGCGAUGGGUCAGCGUUUCUCAACCUCGAGCACAGGAUGCUCUUUUUAGGUCAUGUUGACAGCUGGGAGAACAGGCCGUUGUUCAAGGUAAUUCAUUUCUUGCAUUAACCUAAUAUAUUAACAUAAUAUAUUUCAGAAAACAUUUCCACAAAGCAGAGCCCCGGCGUUCAUCUGUCGAAUGCACUUGAUGUUUGAUUGACUAACGGCAAAGAAAAGCAGGUUUAACUGUGUAGUGCAUUACAUGCAGGCUGUCUGCUGGAGGAGUUUUGCAUGACACAUGAAAAAAAAAAAAAAGAUCGGUAUCGAAUGAAUGUGACAGAAACCUAGAAACAAACAACUUGUUGACUUGUGUAGCUUUGGUGAUUUGCUGACUUUCAUUUCAGUCAUUAUGAGGUCACGAUUGUAUUUCUGGUGAAACUUUACCUGCUUCCAAAGCGCAUAAAGGAGAAAAAGAAACAUAAAACAUUAAAAUAAAAUAUUAGUGUGUUUAUUUGA